UUCUCUUGGAUAGAUUUUUGUGUUUUUGAAGUUUCAAUAUUGGUUACUCAAAUACUGUUUCCUCUAUUUCAUUUGCAGAGCCAUGAUAAAUUUAACGAGAGGAUGAAAAGUGGAGUUCUAUCAAAGGUACGAUAAGGAAGGGUUUACUCUGAUUCUACCGACCGAAAUUUAUGCGCAACCAACUCAAGGUAUUACCAUUGGAUACACAUUACAUACACUUCUUUCUUCUUCCCGCUGAUAGAAAUAGUAAGUAAAUUGGUUUCAAUUUCUUAUUAAUUGUUCAAGUUCAAGCAUAUACUCAGAAAACAUAUACUCACUUUCUGAUUGCUGCGCAUUAUGUGCUCCAUAAAUGUUUCUAUUUACCAGGAUGGAGUCUUUAGCUAUGUAGUUCGUGAUUCGUGUGCUGAAUGGUUCACAAAUUUCAUUAUUUUAUGUGUUCUUGUUUGAUAUGAAGUUAAAAAUCAGAAGAAGAAAUCAAAGAAAAUAUGGAAGUGAUGAUCGGUGGGAGAGUUGAGCUGAAGAACCAUGGAAGAGACGGAGAAGAAGAAGUGCCUCCCGUGAAUAGAAUUUAGGUUUUUUUUUCUUUUAGAGUUUAUUAUUAUUAUGGUGGUUCUUCGUGGGGGUGUAAACAAAAAAUCAAACAGGUAGUAUUCAGGAGAAAUGAAAAAGUAUAGAGUUGGCAAAUAGGAGAACCGGAGGUGGUAAUCAAUGAGAGUGGCAAAUAGGUAAAGUCUUGGAUAAAAAACAUUUUGAUUUUUUUUUUACCAAACACCAAUUUCAAAUAUUAUUACAUAUAUUAAGUUUUGAAAAUGUUUUUGGGAAAAUAAAAGCAUUACCAAACCUAAUCUAACUUGGGAUUACCGGAGAUUUUUCCGUUAUGUAAAGCCCUGCUAGUUUCGUUUGAAUAGGAAAAGUUUCCGUCAGUGGGGAUGGGGGAAAAGCAUAUCUUGAAAACACCGUCCCAUAAAUUUAUUUUUGCCGAUUCAUUAUCUCAUUUUCUAUCAGUCAAUUCUCAAUUCAUUAUCAGAAAAAGAAAAAAAAGUUCAUUAUCUCAAAUCUCUCAGUCUAAAACCUUAUAGUAAUUUUAGGUUUAUCUUCUCCUAAAUAGAAGAUGAAGAAGAGAGUGACGAAAAAACGCAAGCAAAAGGUCAUUGAUGAUCCUUCUCCAUCUUCUGAUUCUUCUCCAUAUAUUCCUAACGAGUUGAUACUUCAGAGCAUUGUGACCCGGUUACCGACUCGAAAGAUAUUUCAAUUCAAAUCUGUUAGUAAGUUUUGGUGCAAUUCAAUUUCUAAUGAUUCAGGAUUUGCAUUGUCUCACUUCGCUCAUCAUCACAAUAAGACAAUUUUGUCUUUUAAUCUAUUUAAUGUGUUACAAGAAAAUGAAGAAAAUUUGUUAAAGGAAGAUGAGGAUGAAGAUAAUGUGUUCGAUGAAGAUGUUGAUGAUACUGUGUUAAAUGAAGAUGAGGAUGAAGAUAAUGUGUUAGAUGAAGAUGAGGAUACUGUGUUAAAUGAAAAUGAAGAUGGUGAUCGGGUAAGAAAUUACUUUUUUAGAUUACAAAAGAAUCAUAGUAAUAUUUAUUUAUAUGAUUUUAAGUUAUUAUCAAAAUCAGAUCCACCAGGCCACUCGAUUGAACCAGUAGGUAAUUGUAAUGGUUUAGCUUGUGUUAAACGUCUGAAUGCAUCAGCUGGUUUUGAAGAAAUUUUUAUUAUCAAUCGUGUUACUAGGGAAACCCUUAAUCUCACCUGUUUAACUCCUGAGAUUGGGGAUGGAAGGGGAUUGUUAACAUAUUUGUGUCAUGGUUUUGGAUUUGAUUCAUUGUCAAAAGAGUACAAGAUUGUACUUAUUUAUACAACUUCAGCAAUUGACGGUGUUCGGGGGUUUAUCUGCAUGGUUGUGACAUUGGGAGGUAGAUCAUGGAGGAAGAUAGUUACUAGUACUUGUGAUAUCUCGCCACCACCAGGCCACUCUCCUUUUCCAAGUAAAAUGGUGACAACAAUGUGGAGAAAUGAUCAUAGAUACUCCACCACUUGUGGAAAUGAUCUUUUAUGGAUGGUAACUAAUACCGGCAGUGAUGAUGGGAACAAGAAUCAGAUGUUGCUCUCGUUUGACGUUCAUAACGAGAAAAUGCAGUUUAUUCGACUCCCUCUUGAAUACAAUCCUCUGAUCUCGACGUUCAAAAGGGAUGGUUCUCUAGAAAUUGAUUAUCAUCUUAUGGAGUUUAAAGGAUAUCCUUGUGUUGCACGUUCUGAAAGGGUAUUGAAAUAUAAGAUAGACAAUCCACGCUCUAAUUAUAGAAGAUUUUGUUCUUAUGAUAUUGAGGUUAAUUUGUAUAUAUUGGAGGACAAGAUCAAGCAAACAUGGAUAGAGGAGAAGACUUACAAUGUUAGUUUGAAGGACGGCAGUGUAUCUCCAGCAAGUCAAUAUCGCAAUCCGUUCAUGCGGUACUUCAGCUCUACCAUUUCUGAUAACCAAGUGUCUCCUCCUACACGUAUGUUCAGUUUCUCUGAUCGAGUGAUACUGUAUUGGUUUGAUGGGGGAUGUCUUAUAUUCUACGAUUUGGAAAUGAAACAUCAUAACCUGGUACAAGGCAUCGAGUCCAGCGAUGUGCGAACUGGUGAUGUUUUUGAGGCUAAGAUGGUAGAGAUCAGGCCAGACCCUGAUAUUAGUGAGGAUAUUGAUGAUAGUGAAUGUGAUUGUCCCUGCAUCGAUUAUCAGCUGCAUGUGCAAGCGGAAAACAUCAUUUCGCUGAAAACCUUCACUCCUAAAGAAGGAGAAGUUGGUGAAUUUGGUUGUUCUGUUACAAAUAAUUUCAAUUAUUUGUAACUGACACCUGUAGGAUGGGUGGAUAUGGGUAAAGAGCAUCAGCUAAAUGGUGUCGUUUCGUGCUUGAACGCACUGUUGUGCUAAAACAUUACAUGGUCUUGUAGCUAUGACGUUUCUUGUUCAAAUCUAAACGGGCAUUGCCUUGAAGGAUCAAAUUGUGUUAUUCAUUAAGCUUUAAUUAGCAUGUCCUCUACCUCUGUUAUUUUCUGUUGUACUGUAUACUCGUGCAAAUGGUGUAUGUUGACGUGUGUAGGUCCUAUUUUGUAAAAUAAUGAGAAUGGGAUGUGUUUUAAAAUGAGAAUGCGUUGCAGGACAGUCAUAAACUCUAGUAUAGUGGAUCUGUUCCCAAGGUUUGUUGUCAAAUCUUAUGUUUAGCGGAUAGGUCGCAAUGUUAUGACUAUUGGCAGGUGCGAGAGCUUUUAGAGAUUUUGUUGUAUUUGGAUAGGCUCAUGUAUACCAUUAAGGUUUCAAGUUUGGGUGUUUCUUUCUAAUCUCUACACUAGGAUACUGU